AUGACUGCCUUUUGGGACUACCGACUUCUUUUUAUUUCACAGCGUGCAGAAGCCACUGAACCGAUCAAUCUCCGGCUAGUCGAGGGCGAAAUACCGCUUGAUUUUCCAUCGGUAACGUAUUAUCUCACCAGACCGGGGCUAUUCUCCGACGAUCAUGGCUCGACUGUGCACCCUUUAGAUGGUCAUGGCUAUCUAAGAGCAUUCACCAUUGAUGGAUCAAAAGGGCAAGUCAAGUUCAUGGCUAAGUACAUUCAGACCGAGGAGCAAUCCGAGGAACAUGACCCGGUGAUCGGAAAGUGGCGGUUCACUCACCGGGGACCGUUUUCUGUUUUGAAAGGUGGGAUAAUGGCUGGGAAUACUAAGGUAAUGAAAAAUGGUGCAAAUACCAGUGUGUUAAGGUGGGGUGGAAGGUUAUUUUGUUUGUGGAAAGGUGGUGACCCUUAUGAAAUUGAAUCUGGGACGUUGGAUACUGUCGGAAAGUUCGAUGUUAUUAAGGAUGAUCAGAAAAAAAUUCCCGAUGACAGAGGAUUUAAGGUUGAUGAUUAG